GGACCAGGGAGGACAUGGCUAUCACGAGUUCGUGUUUUUUGACCCCGCGAACUCAAACCUCAACUAACGGCAUUGCAGCGGUCAGCCGAGGGGCCACGGGUACGAGGAAGAAUCCGAGACUUUCAGCGACUUCACGAUGCGCUCCGACAUGGCUCGUGGUGCCGACAUGGACUAUUACGGACGUGGCGACGAGCAAUACAACAGCUACCAUGACGGCCACGGACGUGGAUACCGCCCGCCAUCGUCCCAGAUCUCCUACGGCGCCAAUCGCUCGUCGGGUGCGUCCACCCCCAUCUAUGGCAUGGAAUAUCAAAACGCACUUCCUGCUGGACAGCGCUCAAGGGAGCCGUACCCUGCCUGGACUUCGGAGGCCCAGAUUCCUCUCUCCAAGGAAGAGAUCGAAGACAUCUUCCUGGAACUCACCGCAAAGUUUGGCUUCCAGCGAGAUAGCAUGCGAAACAUGUACGAUCACUUCAUGACUCUGCUUGAUUCGAGAACGUCUCGUAUGCCGCCGAACCAGGCCCUUCUCUCGCUCCAUGCCGACUACAUUGGCGGCGACAACGCCAACUACCGCCGCUGGUACUUUGCGGCGCAGUUAGAUCUCGACGAUGCUGUUGGAUUUUCCAACAUGAAACUAGGCAAAACGAACCGUCGAACCCGCAAGGCCCGCGCCAAAGCGAAGAAGAACGCCCCACAGAAUGAAACCGAGACUCUGGAAGCGUUCGAAGGUGACAACAGCUUGGAGGCGGCCGAAUACCGUUGGAAGACGAAGAUGAACCGGAUGUCUCAGCACGACCGGGUUCGUCAGAUCGCUCUCUACCUCCUCUGCUGGGGAGAGGCCAAUCAGGUUCGCUUCACACCCGAGUGUCUCUGUUUCAUCUUCAAGUGUGCGGACGACUAUCUCAACUCGCCUGCGUGCCAGCAGCGUGUGGAACCGGUGGAGGAGUUCAGCUACCUCAACAACGUCAUCACUCCGCUCUACCAGUUUAUCCGUGAUCAAGGAUACGAGAUCCAGGAUGGCAAGUACAUUCGUCGCGAACGCGAUCAUUCCAGCAUUAUCGGUUAUGACGACAUCAACCAACUGUUCUGGUAUCCGGAGGGCAUCGAGCGAAUCGUCCUGGAAGACAAAACCCGUCUCGUCGAUCUGAAGCCGGAGGAACGCUACGUGAAAUUGCACGAGGUCCAAUGGAAGAAGGUAUUCUUCAAGACAUAUCGAGAGACUCGGUCCUGGUUCCACCUAAUGGUCAACUUCAACCGAAUCUGGGUCAUCCACAUUACCUCAUUCUGGUUCUACACCGCCUUCAACUCGCCACAGCUGUACUUGACGGAACCAUACGAGCAGCAGAUCGACAACCAACCUCCAAACCCGUACCGUUGGUCUGCCGUCGGUCUCGGUGGUGCCGUUGCCUCGCUCAUUAUGAUCAUUGCCACCCUCUGCGAAUGGAUGUACGUUCCCCGAAAAUGGGCUGGAGCUCAGCACCUAACCAAGCGACUCUUGUUCCUGAUCGUCGUCUUCAUUAUCAACCUUGCUCCCAGCGUCUACAUCUUCUUCAUUGCGAAGAACAAGACCAGUAAAGUCUCCCACAUCCUCGGUAUCGUCCAGUUCCUCAUUGCCCUGGCCUCGUUCUUCUAUUUCUCCAUCAUGCCGCUUGGUGGGCUUUUCGGAAGCUACCUCAAGACAAAUACGCGCCGCUACGUCGCGAGCCAGACCUUCACCGCAAGCUAUCCACGUCUGAAGGGCAACGAUAUGUGGAUGUCGUAUGGUCUGUGGGUCAUGGUAUUUGCCGCAAAAUUGGCGGAAUCGUACAUCUACCUCACGCGGUCCUUCCGUGACCCGAUUCGAAUCUUGUCUACGAUGAAGCUCUCCUCAUGCCUUGGCGAUGAAAUUAUCGGCACCAUUCUUUGCUACUGGCAACCGAAGGUCCUACUCAUCGUCAUGUUCUUGACGGAUCUGACCCUCUUCUUCCUCGAUACCUACCUGUGGUACAUCAUAUGCAACACCGUCUUCUCCGUCGCUCGUUCUUUCUACCUCGGCGUCUCCAUCUGGACCCCAUGGCGAAACAUCUUCUCUCGUUUGCCGAAGCGUAUCUAUUCCAAGGUCUUGGCUACGACUGACAUGGAAAUCAAGUACAAACCGAAAGUCCUCAUCUCCCAGAUUUGGAACGCUGUCGUCAUCUCGAUGUACCGCGAGCAUCUCUUAGCCAUCGAUCACGUGCAGAAGCUCCUCUAUCAUCAGGUUCCAUCCGAGCAGGAGGGCAAGCGAACCCUUCGCGCCCCAACCUUCUUCGUCUCGCAGGAAGACCAUUCCUUUAAGACCGAGUUCUUUCCGUCUCAGAGCGAGGCGGAACGACGUAUCUCCUUCUUUGCCCAGUCUUUGUCUACUCCAAUUCCCGAGCCUCUGCCGGUCGAUAACAUGCCCACGUUCACGGUUAUGAUUCCCCACUACGGCGAGAAGAUCCUCUUGUCGCUUCGUGAGAUCAUCCGAGAGGACGAGCCAUAUUCCAGAGUCACUCUGUUGGAAUACCUCAAGCAGCUCCAUCCUCACGAGUGGGAUUGCUUCGUCAAAGACACUAAGAUUCUCGCGGACGAGACCUCCCAGUUCAACGGCGACAAUGAGAAGAGUGAAAAGGACACCCAGAAGAGCAAGAUCGACGAUCUUCCCUUCUACUGCAUCGGUUUCAAGUCUGCUGCUCCCGAGUACACGCUGCGGACUCGUAUCUGGGCUUCGCUUCGAUCCCAGACUCUGUAUCGUACCAUCUCUGGUUUCAUGAAUUACAGCCGUGCGAUCAAGCUGCUGUACCGCGUUGAGAACCCUGAAGUGGUGCAGAUGUUUGGCGGCAACUCCGACAAGCUUGAACGCGAACUGGAGCGCAUGGCUCGCCGAAAGUACAAGAUCGUCGUGUCCAUGCAGCGAUAUGCCAAGUUCUCCAAGGAAGAACGUGAAAACACCGAGUUCUUGCUCCGCGCGUAUCCCGAUCUUCAGAUUGCCUAUCUCGAUGAAGAACCGCCGGCGAACGAAGGCGAUGAUCCUCGUAUCUUCUCGGCUUUAAUCGACGGUCAUUCGGAGAUCAUGGAGAACGGCCUAAGGCGUCCCAAGUUCCGCGUUCAACUCUCCGGCAAUCCCAUCUUAGGUGACGGCAAAUCCGACAACCAGAACCAUGCCAUCAUCUUCUACCGUGGCGAAUACAUCCAGCUCAUCGACGCGAAUCAAGACAACUACCUCGAAGAGUGCUUGAAGAUCCGAUCCGUUUUGGCCGAGUUCGAAGAAAUGACCACCGAAAACGUUUCGCCGUACACCCCUGGCGUCGAACGCGACAAGAUCGAGCCCGUGGCUAUUCUUGGUGCUCGCGAGUACAUCUUUUCGGAGAACGUCGGAAUUCUCGGUGACGUUGCCGCCGGGAAGGAACAAACGUUCGGUACCCUGUUCUCUCGUACUUUGGCUCAGAUUGGCGGUAAACUUCAUUACGGCCAUCCGGAUUUCCUGAACGGCAUCUACAUGACGACUCGUGGCGGUGUCUCCAAAGCUCAGAAGGGUUUGCAUCUCAACGAGGAUAUUUACGCUGGUAUGAAUGCGCUCAUCCGUGGUGGUCGCAUCAAGCACUGUGAAUAUUACCAAUGUGGUAAGGGUCGUGACUUGGGCUUCGGCUCGAUUCUCAACUUCACGACGAAGAUCGGCACUGGUAUGGGAGAGCAGAUGCUUUCUCGCGAAUACUACUAUCUCGGAACACAGCUCCCUCUCGAUCGGUUCCUGUCCUUCUACUACGCUCACGCCGGUUUCCACGUCAACAACUUGUUCAUCAUCUUGUCGGUGCAACUUUUCAUGUUCGCCGCCAUCAAUCUUGGUGCCCUCCGACACGAGACCAUCACUUGCAAGUACAACUCGCGUGUCCCGAUUACCGAUCGUCUUUACCCAACGGGGUGCGCCAACACGGCACCGAUCUUGGACUGGAUGGAACGUUGCGUCGUUUCGAUCUUCAUCGUCUUCUUCAUCUCGUUCGUCCCUCUUGUCGUCCAGGAACUGACCGAACGUGGCUUCUGGCGUGCUGCGACCCGUCUUGCGAAGCACUUUUCGUCGUUGUCUCCCCUCUUCGAGGUGUUCGUCUGCCAAAUCUAUGCCAAUUCCCUGCAUUCGAAUCUGUCGUUCGGUGGUGCUCGAUACAUCGGAACGGGUCGGGGCUUCGCUACUGCUCGCAUCCCCUUCGGUAUCCUCUACUCGCGGUUCGCCGGCCCUUCCAUCUACAUGGGAGCGCGUCUGCUUAUGAUGUUGGUAUUCGCCACGCUGACCACCUGGUCCGUCUUCCUGCUGUACUUCUGGAUUUCGCUCCUAGCUUUGUGCAUCUCGCCGUUCCUUUUCAACCCCCAUCAGUUCGCGUGGAACGACUUCUUCAUCGACUACCGUGAGUACCUCCGCUGGCUCUCCCGUGGAAAUACCAAGUCGCACUCCGCAUCCUGGAUCGGGUUCUGCCGGCUGACACGGACACGCAUUACGGGAUACAAGCGCAAGGCCCUCGGCGAUCCUUCCGCCAAGCUGUCGGGCGAUGUCCCACGAGCGCACUUCACCAACAUCUUUUUCAGUGAGAUCAUCUCGCCUCUGCUUCUGAUCAUCGUCUGCCUGGUCCCGUACUUGUAUAUCAACGCACAGACGGGCGUGAACGAGAACAACAACCCCGACAAAGAGCUCAAAGCCACGAACUCGCUCAUCCGCGUUGGCAUUGUGGCUUUCGCACCUGUCGCCAUCAACGCCGGCGUUCUGGGAGGCAUGUUCGCUAUGGCUUGCUGCGCGGGUCCUUUGCUGUCCAUGUGCUGCAAGAAAUUUGGCGCCGUCCUCGCCGCAAUCUCCCACGCCAUCGCGGUCGUCAUGCUGCUUGCCUUCUUUGAGGUCAUGUUCUUCCUUGAAGGCUGGUCAUUCAGCAAAGCCAUGCUCGGAAUGAUCACGGUCGUUGCAAUCCAACGAUUCGUCUACAAGCUGAUCAUUUCGCUGGCUCUAACGCGUGAAUUCAAAGCGGACGCUUCCAAUAUCGCAUGGUGGACGGGCAAAUGGUACGCCAUGGGUUGGCACACCAUCUCUCAGCCGGGCCGUGAAUUCCUCUGCAAGAUCACUGAGCUUGGCUACUUCGCAGCGGACUUCAUCCUCGGACAUGUUCUGCUGUUCGUAAUGCUGCCGCCGCUACUUGUUCCGUACAUCGACAAGGUCCAUUCGGUUAUGCUGUUUUGGCUGCGCCCAAGCCGACAAAUCCGACCGCCCAUCUAUUCCCUCAAGCAGACCAAACUCCGCAAACGACGCGUCAUCCGCUAUAGUAUCCUGUACUUCGUGAUGCUGGUCGUGUUCAUCGCGCUGAUUGUCGGGCCUCUCGUUGCUGGCGGCGCCCUGAAGAACCUUCCGGAAAUUCCGUUGAAUCUCCUACAGCCUACCAAGAUGGAGAACAACGACACGCGGAAUUAUUCCAAGACCGGCCGUACGCUGCAAGAGCCCGAUGAAACUGCCGGGGGCGGAGGUACUGGUAGUACGGGAUCCGUUGGCAGCGCCAGCAGUGGCGGUGGCGCCUCUGAAACGGCCGGCGGUGGUACCCUCAGUCCAUUUGCAUCUGACAACCCAUUCCCUGAACGGUACGUGAUGUACUAGGGGGGAGCAGUUGACGGGUGCGAGGUGGGUGAGAGAAAACGAAGAAUAGAAUGGAUUAUGACCAAAUUCAAAGAUAAGAGC